UUUAAAAGCACCUUCACUUGAUGAAAAAUUAAAAACCAGACUUCAAAACUUGAUCAAAAACUUGAGCUAAUUUCCAAACAUAAGAAACUAAAGAUGGCAAAUGCUGCUUCUUCAGCCCAUAUCCCAGAGGUGGUGCUUGGCUCCUCCGUUGGCCCCAAGAGCAUGCCUGUGCUUGGCUUUGGCACAGCAGCUGACAACAUACAGCCUAAUCUGUUGAAAACAGCAGUUCUUGAGGCCAUCAAGCUUGGCUACAGGCACUUUGAUACAGCUGCCAUUUAUGGCUCAGAGCAGACUCUGGGUGAAGCUAUAAAAGAAGCACUUAAGCUUGGCCUUGUUGCUUCCAGAGACCAACUCUUCAUCACUUCAAAGUUAUGGAGCAAUGAUGCUCACCCUCAUCUUGUCAUUCCUGCUCUCAAGAAAUCACUUGAAAAUCUUCAAUUGGAGUAUCUUGACCUGUAUCUCAUCCACAUGCCCAUCAGUUCCAAGCCAGGAAAAUUGAUGGUUGGAAAAUUGGUAUCCCCACCAGUUGACCUUAUGCCCCUGGACUUCAUGGGUGUGUGGGCAGCCAUGGAAAAAUCUCAGAGACUUGGCCUCACCAAAUCAAUUGGAGUCAGCAAUUUCUCCAGCAAAAAGAUUGAAACUUUACUCUCUUUUGCUACCAUUCCUCCUUCAGUUAAUCAAGUGGAGAUGAGCCCAUUCUGGCAACAGAAGAAGCUAAGAGACUUCUGCAAGGACAAUGGUAUAGUUGUGACCGCGUUCUCUCCUUUGGGUGCCAUGGGAACCGGCUGGGGUACCAAUCAUGUUUUGGAAAGCAAAGUGCUUCAGGAUAUAGCAGAGGCUCGAGGAAAAACAAUUGCUCAGGUUUGCAUUAGAUGGGUGUACCAGGCAGGGGCAACUCUUGCUGUUAAGAGCUACAACAAGGAGAGGUUGAAGCAGAAUCUGCAGGUGUUUGACUGGGAGCUAUCAGAGGAUGACCUUAACAAGAUCAAUCAAAUCCCACAGCACAAAAUGAUGUUGAAAGAAGAACUGGUUUCGGCUGAUGGAUCAUCAUCACCGUACAAAUCCGUUGAAGAAUUAUGGGAUGGAGAGAUUUAGGCCUGAAAUGAAAACCAAUCCUUGUGUAACAUGUUUUGUGUGCGUCCAAAAAUAAAGGCGCCUUUUAGUCAUUUCCAGGAAAACCUAGCCGCUCUCUCCCUAGGAAGGAAAAACCCAAGGUUUGAAGACUUGGCCGCCACCUCCUUUUGGGGUGGGUGGCCUCUGCGUUUCCCCCUCCCUCCCCCUCUGCCCUGCCUCCAUCUCGCCUCUCUCUUCUCCUCUCGUCCCUGCCCAUUUCCUUCCUUGUUUCCAGUCCGCUCCUCCCCUCCCUCCCCUCCUCUCUCCUUGGUUUUCUUUUCCUCUUCCUAUUCUCUUGCUGUGACUUUUGGUUUUCGGUGGCUUGGGUGGUUUAUCCCUGUAGCCGAUGUGGUUGCUCUGUUGUUUCAGUUUGUGUUGUCGGCGCUUUGUAUUUUGUUUGUUUCUUUUGCAGAUCUGAGAUUUGAGAUUCAUGCUGGAUAUCUACUCCAGAUGUGUUGAUUUGGUGACAAAUGAGGUGACCGAGCGUGCCUUUUGUGCUGUUUGUGCUUCAAUCCGUUGGUGGUGUUCAUCAAUAAUCUCUUCUUGUAUUUUACUUGUAGGAGCCUCAAGUGUCGAUGUCAGUGUACUCCCUCCUAUCUUUUCAAGAUAAAGUUUUUUAAUUUUUUCAAGAUAACUCUAUCCAUUAGGCUCUGUUUGGUGGGCUGGACUGGAUUGGAUAUAUUCAAUUAAAAUGGACAUGAGUCCAGUCUGUUGUUUGGUGAGCUUAAAAUGCAUUAUGGACUGGACAUGGCUCUUAGACACCAAUCCAGAAUAACAAGGGACUCCAAACCCAUCAAUAGACAUGGGUUUACAAUGAAUCUGAGCGCCUCGU